AUGGUAUUGAAGUAUAUUAAUGAAUGCGAGGAUUCUAGUAAGUACCUUUGCUACGGGAAAUGCAUCAAUAAACCUGGCGGGUAUGAUUGUUUUUGCCCUGCGGGUACCCGAGGAAAUGCUUCUAUUGGACCAUGUCGGAAAGAGAUUCCAUUGCUUACUGGUAUUGUUAUCGGUAUGGCUGCUGGUUUUGGAAUUCUUGUACUUAGCUUAUCUGUGGUACUCCUUAUCCGUAAACAAAGAAGUGACAUUCUGAAGCAACAACGGAAAAAAUAUUUUAGGAAAAACCAAGGCCUUCUACUACAGCAGCUUAUAUCAUCUGAUGAAAGAGCUAGUGAUAACACAAAAAUUUUCUCCUUAGAAGAGCUGAAACAGGCAACAAACAACUUUGACCCAACACGUGUUCUUGGUAGUGGAGGGCACGGCAUGGUUUACAAAGGCAUUUUAUCUGAUCAACGUGUGGUGGCUAUAAAAAAACCUAACAUCAUUAGGGAAGAAGAGAUUACUCAAUUCAUCAAUGAAGUUGCAAUACUCUCACAGAUAAAUCAUCGUCAUAUUGUAAAACUCUUUGGAUGUUGUCUUGAAACCGAAGUCCCUCUAUUAGUGUAUGAUUUUGUCCCAAACGGUUCACUAAAUCAAAUUAUUCAUGGUGCUACAAGUAAUAGGGAAUCAUCAUUGUCUUGGGAUGAUUGUUUGAGGAUUGCUACAGAAGCUGCGGGUGCUUUGUAUUACCUUCAUUCCGCAGCAUCAGUAUCAGUUUUACACCGUGACGUGAAAUCUUCUAAUAUACUUUUGGAUGCAAACUACACGGCUAAAGUUGCAGAUUUUGGUGCAUCAAGAUUGAUUCCUAAUGAUCAAACCCAUGUUUUCACCAAUAUACAAGGCACUUUCGGGUAUUUAGAUCCAGAGUACUACCAUACUGGACAUCUGAAUGAGAAGAGUGAUGUGUAUAGCUUUGGUGUAGUUCUUUUAGAACUGCUUCUCAGAAGGCAACCCAUUUUUGAAUGUGAGUCUGGCACAAAGAAAAAUCUAUCUAUUUAUUUCCUUUAUGAGAUAAAAGGAAGGCCAAUUACUGAGAUAGUUGCCCCUGAAGUUCUUGAGGAAGCGACCGAGGAUGAGAUAAAUACAGUUGCCUCUAUCGCACAGGCAUGCUUGAGGCUCCGAGGUGAAGAAAGGCCAACUAUGAAGCAAGUGGAAAUGUCAUUACAAUCUGUAAGAAAUAAAGGUUUCAGUUCAGCUGGUACCAGCCCAGAAAGCAAUCAUGGGAUGCAACCAGCCCUAUCCGAAACAUAUGUAAAUCUGCAUCAGCCUCUUGGAGUUCAUACAAUUGGUAUAAUUAAUUUAGCAUCUUCAAACUGCAAUAGCUUGCAGCAAGAAUUUAUGUUAUCCGCUAGUUUCGCAAGGUAAAUUAUAUUACUCCGGCUAUUGAAUUAUUUCUAGAUGUUUUCAUUAUAUAUUAUUGGGAACAUGUGCAUUCCCACAAUCAAUCUGUAUGUCCUAAAUAAUACGUUUUGUUCUCAUUUGUGAAACAUUAUUAAUUGUUUGUGUGAAUUUAAUGCAAUUUGUUUUGUAUGCU